GUGUCUGGAAUAUUUUGGACGGAUUUCCUUUAUUUGAACUAUGACGUGUCACCAUAUCAAUAGGCUAAGAAUGAACGUAUGACUGUGUACAUUACAUUGUUCAGUUCACACUGAAGAAUUUGUUUUCAAGGAUUUAUCGCUGUUUCGUGGAGAUAACAUGCUUAAUUGGAGAGUUAUUUACUUUUGACGUCUUUCACAGCAGUAAGAUGGAACUUUUCCGAGCACUUACAAUACAUUGCAUCUUGGAUGCUUUAGAUAUCAUCUGUUGCACCCGGCUUAAUUAAAAGCACGAUCAUCUACACGUUGACAAGCCCCCUCAUCACUGACUGCUCUUGAUUUGGACUGACUGGAAAAGGAUGCUUGGAAGAUUUAUUUGAUGGUUGGUGAUGUAAAUUUAGUCUAAUAAAAAUGCCUAAAAAUGUUUCAUUUGGUGCAACGAUUCUUACACGUUGGAUACUGAGCUUGCGAGCUUUACAUUCAAAAUUAUGUGUUUCUAUGCUCCUCGGGUACCCUACGAUAUUCGCUAUUCUUCUAUUUAAACAGACAGAUCGACUGUCAGGUAGUGCGCUUUGAAAAAGCCAUCUCACCUCACGGAAUUACGCCUUCAUCAAAUUUACCAAGUACGCUCUUUAGCUUAGAUGAUGAUGAUGGAGGACGACGAACUGGAUGCGCAUCAGGUUGAUAUCGACCCAGAUUUCGAGCCACAAAGCCGGCCUCGUUCGUGUACCUGGCCAAUGCCUUGUCCGGAUGACUUUCCAGAGGCAGAAGAGGUUAAUGGAGGUCUUUCCCUCGUAAAGGUGGAACCGGACAGCGUCACAUCUUGUAAAGCGGGAAGAAAGAGUGUCGCGCCGACAGAGUUGAAGCAUCCAACCGGAGCACCAGCGCCCACCGCACCGGCGCUCCCUUGUUUGGCAGGGGCUGCGCUCGACGUCGCCGGUCAGCUACGCAAAGCAAAGUCAUCUCGGCGAAACGCAUGGGGAAACCUGUCUUACGCGGACCUCAUCACUCGUGCUAUCGAAAGCACUCCUGAAAAAAGACUCACCUUGUCACAGAUAUACGACUGGAUGGUCCGAUAUGUACCUUAUUUCAAGGAUAAAGGAGACAGUAACAGCUCGGCUGGAUGGAAGAACUCUAUCCGUCACAACCUGUCUCUCCAUACCCGCUUCAUCCGCGUGCAGAACGAGGGCACAGGAAAGAGCUCCUGGUGGAUGCUGAACCCCGAAGGAGGCAAGGUGGGGAAGGCUCCACGGCGCCGUGCCGUCUCUAUGGACAAUAGCACCAAGUACCUGAAGAGCAAAGGCAGAGUGAACCGCAAGAAGCUUGUUGGCAGAGCAGGGUAUGGGUGCGGGCAGCGCGGGGGUUUCCAUGGCUCCCCAGAGCAGGCUAGCCCGACAGGAAAGUCCAUGGCAGGAGCCUCAGUCGUCGGCGAGGAGUUUGAGGCAUGGGCCGAGAUGCACUCCCGUGCCAGUUCCGCAGCUUCGACGCUGAGCGGUCGCCUGUCACCUAUUAUGGCGGAAGGGGAGCCGGAGAACCCAGAGGAGGGGAGGUUGUCCUGCUCCACAUCACCACGCCUCUACCCCAGCCCUUCUAGCGCGCGCUCCCCUGCCACACACUGCCCGCCUGUCGAGUUGCCACAAUUAACAGACCUCACCGGAGCCAUCAGCCUGGAUGAAGGCUACCAUCACCACCAUCACCUUCACCAGCCACCACGGCAUAAGCGCCAGGCUUACCACUACAGCAGUGGGACAAAGGCCCAGGGCUCCUACUGCAGCCCGGUGUAUGGCCAGCCGGGGGUGGGUUUGAUGCACCACCAGUCACCCCUGCAGACCAUCCAGGAGGACAAGACCUCCAGCUUCUCCAGCAACAUGCAGACCUACUCGAGCACAAACGCCUUGCAGACCCUGCUGACCAGUGGCCCCCAGUACUGUGCCAAGGACAUGAUGCUUGGUCAAGAGCACGAGGCCUUGAUGGUUCCGCCCAGUGGCGGGGUGGGCUCCCGUGGCCACCAUCACGGCCACAACUCUGGGCAUGGCCACAGUGGCACACACGACCAUAACUCUGCUCACAGCCACAAUGGCACCCACAGUCACAGCCAGCAACACAGCCACAUCUCUGCUCCGAACACGGCCAGCAACCCCGCUCACAACCACAGUAUGGGGCACAACCUUGGCCAGAGCCUUCAGCCUCAUGGGCCAGCUGUCCAUGCUCAGCCCAGUGUUGGACACAUGCAGCCUUAUAGCCAUAAAGCUCCGUACCUGUACAGUCCCCCGGUGCACGCGCAUCUUCCUGCCUCCACCACACUGCCCCCGAACCCUGCUGGCUUGCAGGGUAUCCCUCAGGACUCCUGCCACCUAGCCACUGCCCCACACCCACAUCCACGCCAUAACGCAUAUCCAGGCCCACACCAGCAGGCCAUGGCUGAUGGACCAUACCAUCAAGCUCAGGGCAUGGGGGAGGAGGGGGGCAGCUACCAAGGAUACAACCACCCCCAUCACCCCUACCCCCAUGAGCGGCUGCCGGCUGACCUGGAUCUGGACAUCUUCCAUGGCAGCCUGGACUGUGAUGUAGAGUCCAUCCUCCUCCAUGACAUCAUGGACUCAGGAGAGGAAUGGACUUUAAUUUUGACCUGCUCCCUAGCACAGGGCAUAGGGCAUCGGACAGUGGGCUGUGGGCAUGGGUGUGGGUGUGACCAUGGGAUCACAGGCCCACAGCAGAGCCACAGCAACCAGAGCUGGGGUACCAGGCUGAAGCACCAUCAGGCCUCCAGUGAGCCUUCUCGGGGACCAAACUACCUAUGGGCCUGCUCCCAGCAGGGGCAUGCCACUUCCUUACAGGGGGAUAUGCACUGUGCUUGAUUCACACAUUCCUCAACUAAGGACAAAAUCCAGGACAAAAUGCCUAGUUUCCCUUUUCACAUUCUGUACUGCUCUGCCUGUUCAUCUCUCUGUGUGCUGUUCUGAAAUGUGUAUGCCCCCAUACACCUUUUAAAACUCUGCUUAAUGUCAUCCCCCUUUGCUCUUGCCGACUGAACCGUGAUGACAAUCUCGACUGUGUUGCCCAACAUUGCCUUCUUCUCCAGUCAAAACGAAACUCUCGAGCACUUUAACUGCGUAAAACAAAUCCAUAUCUCACUCUCUCUGUGGGGAGCGGGCUCCCGGGCGGCAGGAGCUAUGGCUGGCGUGUUGUUUGCUGCACAAAUGGGGAAAUCUCACACCCACAGGGGGCCUGCGUGCCAGCAGAAAAAAAAAGGAACAAAUUUUUCUGUUCAGGGAGGGGUGUGUUGGUUGUUCAGCUUGCUUAAUGAGCUGAUUGAGUAGCAUCCACAACUUUUAUUUUCAUUAGGCAAUUCUUUAAGAGUUAGAAGUUUCCCUGUUUGGUUUUCUUUAACUUAUUGUACUUACUAACCAUUUAUUCUUUAAAGAAUCUAUGUUUGUUUCUCAGUAAAUUAAUUUAUUAUUUAGUUAUAUUUCUUUGAACCCUGUGGUAGUUUAAUUUGU